UGUGGCUUGUUUGUAUGGGCGUCAGUAGAGGCUCUUGGCAAUUAGAACGCACCAGCUACGCGGUAGCGAAGGCAUUGAAGCAUGCCGCAUAGCCUGCAGGGCAAGCACGGCGCGCGGCGUACGCGACCGCCAAAAAACGGCCAUAUUGAGGUUUGCUCUAAAAAAAAAAAAAUUUGCACUUCCGCUUCCGGAUUGAGCAACGUCAUCUGGCGUCCGCCUAAGUAAGUUCCAUGCGCUGCAGCUGCUUAUUUUCGAACCACGGCGGAAGGUACAGUUUCCCUUCUCUAAGAUUGGCUAGUUCUUUAUUCUAUGGUACGAUUGGCGACGGACCUAGAGCUAUACUAAAGCAACAGCGCACCUUGUAGGUGAAAUUGGGGCUGUUUGUCUGGUGUAAGCACGCGAGUGUUCUUGUGGAGCUGUUAUUUUGACAUGGGAAAGAAGAAGUGGAGCGAGACGGGUAAUCCGAACAGUGAUAUUUGCGAGUUCUUGAACGAACUGGCGGACUACGAAAAGAACGUCACGCGUAACGUUUACAAGAGCAACGCGUACCGCAAAGCAGCCGUGGCGCUUGAGAAGCUCGACAAAAGAGUGGAAAAUGCACAAGAAGCAAAAGCCCUUCCCGGUAUCGGCGCGAAAAUUUCACAAAAGAUAGAAGAGUUCCUACGAACGGGAAAAGUUGCGAAACUAGAGAAAGUUCGUAGCGAUGAAAGUACAAAUGCUAUUCAAGAGUUAACGCGGGUAUCGGGAAUAGGACCAGCGCACGCAAAGUCCCUUUAUGACCGCGGCAUUCACAGCAUUGAGGACCUGCGUCAGAACCAGGACUGUCUGACGGAACACCAGAAGAUAGGGCUGCGUUACUUGGAAGACUUCGAGAAGCGCAUACCUCGAGAAGAAGUUGGUCUUUUGGAGGCCAGGGUUGUUGACGCACUGCACCAGUUUGAUGAAGCCUACGAGGCAGUAGCGUGCGGCAGCUAUCGAAGAGGCCUGCCUACGAGCGGCGACAUCGACUUGUUGGUGUGCCACAAAAACUAUCGAUCUACAGACAGGAGGCCGCCCAAACUGCUGGCACGUCUCGUGGAAUACCUUCGUCAAGUGGGCUUUAUCACUGACAUAAUGUCUUUGGGAGAAACAAAGUUUGCGGGUGUGUGCCAGCUCGAUUCUUCGCGGCCUCACCGACGCAUUGACAUCCGCAUACUUCCUCAAGAUCAGUUCUUCUGCGGUCUGCUGUACUUCACAGGCAGUGACUUGUUUAACCAGAGCAUGCGUGCGCACGCCGUUCAGCAGAAUAUGAAGCUCAGUGAAUACGCGUUACGUCCAAUUGGUUGCACAGGCAUUCCAGGGGAGCCUCUGCCUAUAACUAGUGAACGUGAUGUGUUUGACUGGUUGGGCUUGCCCUUCUGGGAGCCACACAAGCGCAAUGGGCCUCUUGGGCAGUGA